GGUCUUUCUCAUCAAAUUAAACGAAAGCAGCAAUGAGUACUCCCUUAGUCACUCUUUUUCUCAUCUUCUUCGCCAUCUCUCUCGUUGUCUCCGGCAAUGCAUUGUGCAUAGACUACUAUGCGAAGACCUGCCCGGAUGCCGAAUUGGCAGUGACUGAGGUCGUGAAGAAGGCCAUCGCCAAUGACAACACAGUUCCUGCAGCUUUACUACGCUUGCAUUUCCAUGACUGUUUCAUCAGGGGCUGCGAUGCUUCUGUGUUGCUGAAGUCGAGGGGGAGCGACAAGGCAGAGAAAGACGGCCCACCUAACGAGUCACUCCAUGCGUUCUACGUCAUAGACCAUGCCAAGAAGGCAGUGGAGGAGAUGUGCCCUGGCGUCGUUUCUUGCGCUGACAUUUUAGCUUUGGCUGCUAGAGAUUCAGUUGCAUUGUCGGGUGGGCCAACGUGGGAGGUUCCAAAGGGAAGAAAAGACGGGAGGGUUUCCAGAGCCAACGAAACAAAUCAGCUCCCAGCUCCGACCUUCAACUUCACACAGCUGAAGCAGAGCUUCUCGCAGAGAGGACUCUCCACCAAAGACUUAGUGGUGCUCUCAGGAGGGCACACCUUGGGCUUCGCUCACUGCUCCUCCUUCCAGAACCGGAUCCACGACUUCGACACUGAGAGCGACGUGGACCCCACGCUGGACCCGAGCUUCGCGGCGCGUCUGCAGGAGAUCUGCCCUGCCCAGAACAGAGUGAAGAGCGCGGGGUCAGCCAUGGACUCCACCUCCACGGCGUUCGACAACACCUACUACAAGAUGCUGCUGCAAGGGCAGGGCUUGUUCUCUUCGGACGAGGCCCUUUUGACCCAUCCUAAAACCGCAGGGUUCGUGUCCCAGUUCGCGAGCUCACAGGAAGAAUUCUUUCAGGCCUUUGUGAAGUCUAUCAUCAGGAUGGGAAGCAUAGAAGGUGGAGAGGAAGUGAGGAAGAAUUGCAGGGCGAUUAAUUGAAAGUGAUUGGAUUUUGGUUGCGGUGAAGUGCUGCUACUUGGACUUUAAUUUAUAUAUUAUGUUUGUUUAUAUUUGAGUGAUGAAUCAAGUGAAAUGAAAAGCACGGACCUUGAUCGGAGAAAGUUAGGUAAGAUUAUUACCGUAUAUAAUAAUGUAUAUGUGUGUGUUUUCUUUUGGUGGGAAAAACCCAUUCACUAUCAUGUAAGAUGUUUGAAAAGAUUUGUGAAACAAAAAAGAUCAAAAAAAAAAAAAAAUCCAACAAUAUUGUGGGCGCCAAGAUUUGAAGCUUUUAUUCUAAGAGCACUUGUGAAAUUCCAAAACA